UCUUCCUUGUUUUUAAGAAGUUAUUUUCAUGUCAUCAAAUAUGAAGUCGUCCCCGUUCCUGUACGUCCAAAUUUGUUAUUUCAUUUACGCACAGUCCUAUGGGAAUGGGCAGCCUCAAACCUACAGAGUAGAAGUAACGUCUGUGAAUUCCAUGGUCAAUCCAGGAGACAACUUUGUAGCACUUUGUAACAUUCCGGGUCAUGGAGCGCUGGACAUCAUCACCAAUUUAAGGGUGAAAUGGUACCACAAUUCCGAGCUGGUGACCAAUUUUUGUACCUUAGUGGAUUCCUCAGAAGCGGAGAAAUAUUCAUGCAAGCAGCUCUUCACUCAGCCGAAUAACAUCAGCUUGGAGUUGACAGUAAUGAAUGUGCAGAAAGGAGAUGUUGGAAACUUAACCUGUGAAGUGAUGCAGGUAAAGAAGAAUGGGAGAAACGAAUUGUUAGAGAAAAAAUCAGUGGAAAUCAAAAUGAGAGAGGAUAUUAAAAGUGCUUUGGGAACGAAAUAUCGAGCUAAAUGUAGUGGUAACUGUGCUGGAGGAUUACCGUGCAGAGAAACAGACGGUGUAUGUCCUCAAGGGUGUCUGGAUGGAUGGACAAAUUCCUACUGCAAUGAAACAUGUCAGCCUCCACACUACGGUAGAGACUGUACAAACAGGUGCGGUCAUUGCAGAAGUAUGACGCCCUGUCAUCACAUCAAAGGAUCCUGUCCAGGGAAAUGUGAACCUGGAUAUAGAGGCCAGAAAUGUGACACAGCAUGCCAGCCUCAAUACUACGGAAUAAAUUGUAGUCGAAAGUGUGGUCAUUGCGGACUCCAGGAACCCUGUCAUCAUAUCAACGGAUCCUGUCCUAGAUCAUGUGAACCUGGAUAUCGAGGACAUAGAUGUAACAUAGCAUGUCAGCCUCGAUACUACGGUAAAAAUUGUGGAGAAAGGUGUGGUCAUUGUGAAGGCAGGGGUUUUUGUCAUCAUAUCAACGGAUCCUGUCCUGGGUUAUGUAAACCUGGAUAUCGAGGACAAAAAUGCAACCUGGAGUGCGGUAAGGGUACUUUUGGAUUGAACUGUAGAAAUAAAUGUAGCGGUCACUGUGUUGGAGGUUUACCGUGUAGAAACACAGAUGGUGUAUGUCCUCAAGGGUGUCUGGAUGGAUGGACAAAUUCCUACUGCAAUGAAAAGUGCGUUAAGGGUACUUUUGGAAGGAACUGUAGAAAUAAAUGUAGCGGUCAUUGUGUUGGAGGCUUACCAUGUAGAAACACAAACGGUGUGUGUCCUCAAGGGUGUCUGGAUGGAUGGACAAAUUCCUACUGCAAUGAAACAUGUCAGCCUCGAUACUACGGUCAAAAUUAUAGAGAAAGGUGUGGUCAUUGUGAAGGGAGGGGGCUCUGUCAUCAUAUCAACGGAUCCUGUCCUGGGUUAUGUAAACCUGGAUAUCGAGGACAAAAAUGCAACCUGGAAUGUGUUAAGGGUACAUUUGGAAUGAACUGUAGAAAUAAAUGUAGCGGUCACUGUGUUGGAGGUUUACCGUGUAGAAACACAGACGGUGUGUGUCCUCAGGGGUGUCUGGAUGGAUGGACAAAUUCCUACUGCAAUGAAACAUGUCAGCCUCGAUACUACGGCAGAAAUUGUAAAGAAAGGUGUGGUCAUUGUGGACAGAGGAAACCCUGUCAUCAUAUCAACGGAUCAUGCCCUGGGUCGUGUGAACUUGGAUAUCAAGGACAGAAAUGUAACAUUGGUGUGUACUGAAAAUGCUUGGAACAAUUACUUUCUUCAUUUCUCUUUUUUCUUGUAUUACACACUCUGAGGGGUAAUGGGUCAUUGUCACAAUAGCGGUAAUUCUGGUUAAAUCCGUUGUCUUCUACAUGUAGUUUAAACUAAUUUAACCCAAGUAACAAAUAGCUUAUGCUUAUGGACCUUCUGUCAGAAAUCUUCUUUUCAUGAAGAUUUUGAAUAAGUUCCUUUCAACGCUUUAUAGAAAGGUAGAUAUUUAACAGAGAUACGAGCGCUAAAUUAACUUUUUCAUAAAUAAAGCGGUUACAAGCGCAGCAGAAAAACGGAAGUAACAUAGAUUUAAAGCUAUGUUUGACGCUCGAUUUUAUCCUGUCAACGUCAGUCGUGACACGGGACCUACGUCUGAAAGGGGAUAUCCGAAAAACGUGUGACCUGCUUCUAGAUGCCGAGCAUUGACGAAUGAGCAAUCACUACCAAAUGUUUGACGAGGACAUGACAUUACAUGUUAUCGGGCUCGAACUCACGAUCUCCAAGUUACAACGUGAAUGCACUACCACUGAGCUACUAUCAAGAAAUAAAAGUAAGGCACAUGGUUUUAUACAUUUAUAAAAUCCUUGUAGUUCAAACAAACCUUUUAUUAGAAUAAACUAAUUUAUGAUUAUCACCAGUUAUCAAAAUCAUUCUGAAUUCAGUGGUUCUUUCGUGCCUCAUGUAUGAGGAAAGAAUGUUAUAGGAUAUAUCUUUCACUUAGUCCUUAUUAUUGAAAGUACUUGUAUAUGAACAAGUGUUUAGAUUAGUUUAUCGUGUUGAAAAAUAUGUUUUCUGCAUCAAUGUACUGUAGAAUCAUUUAAAUUUGUGGGGGCCAAUUUUCGUGGAUUGCUUAAAUUUUACGGGUUCGUGGGGACGUAAUUUCGUGGAUUUAUAUAUAUUUGUAAGAAAGAUAACUCUGGGAUGUAAUUAUGAUUCUUUAUUCGUUGAUGAUUUAAAUUCGUGGGUGGGGGUACCCUCGAAUUCCACGAAUAUUGAUUAUUCCACGGUACAUGAAUUUAAAUUAUGUGCAUGGUUUAGAAGGGGAUGGACAAUACGAUGGAAGAUUAGGAGUCCACAUGUACAUACACUGUUUGAUUUCAUUGUUAAGUUUAAUGGCAUAACAUCUAAAUCAGGUAAAUAGUUACAUACAAUAUAAAAUGCUGUGAAAUAGAGUAUUGUAGUCACUAAAGGCUUCCAUUUAGUAGACUGUAACAUUUCCUCCUUGAAAGGAAUACAUUUACUGAUAGAUUAGAUUGUCAGUCUGUUUAGUACGGUGAUGAUUUUUUAUUAUUUCUUAUGUUUUCCGCCACACUCAAUAAUUUUUCAGUUAUAUGGUGGCGCCCAGUUUUGUAUUGAUGGAAGAGAGAACCCAGAUACAAUGCACCUGGGAAGAGACCACCGACCUUCUGAAAGUAAAGAUUGUUUGUCUACAUUUAUUCUAGAGCCCAUUUGUUUUACGGGAUCAUAAGAAAUACUUUGAAGUGUAACUGAAAUGUAUGUGAUGUAUAUGUUUAAAUAGUUAAUAAUCAACUUAAGGUAUGAUUUUCUGGGGUAUUGAAAAGAGUGUACAUUGUAAACACUAUAAUACCUGCUUCAAACCUUCCCCACAUAUUCCAUUAAACCUUAACAUUAUAACCUGAAAGAGAAGGAAAAGAAAACAUGGAUUAUAUUUGAGGCAGUUGCUAAUCAAACACACAGUACUGAUGCAGGCUACAGAUGAAACCCCCGCACAAAAGCAGGUUAAUACAAUGUGUAAUAUAUCCAAUCAAUAUCAACAAGCAAGACACAGAAAGGUGCGGAAAUAAUAUUUGUGUUUAUUUUCUCAGCCCAAGGACCAUAACUCAGCAAACAAAUCAACGGAACGGAACAGAAUUAAAACCUGAUCUGUAACUUGCCAUGGUAAAGCAAUAUACUAAAUAUGAAAUGAAUAUCUGUAAACCCGACGAAAAAAGCGUGUAAAAAGGAGCCUACGGCCCUAACUGUCGCCAUGUAUGUGGACAAUGUAAAGGAAGGGAUACAUGUGAUCACGUGAGUGGUUCUUGUCUUUCCUCGAGAGUGUGAACCCGGAUGGAAGCAAACAUCAGAUCGGUAAUGCGAUUGAGAAUGCAAUGACGGGAUUUUUGGAUACAAUUGUAUGUUGACUUCCAGUGGGCACUGCGCUGAUGAAUUACCGGGCAGUAAAACAGACCCGCUUGUGUGCCGGAGGCUGUGUGGAGGGAUAGCCAAAUUUUUAUUGCAACGAAAGUAUGAAAAGCGAAGAUGACGAACAUUGAUCAAUCUCAUAACUGCUAUAAGCAAUACAAAAUAGAUAGUUGGGCAAACACGGACCCCUGGACACACAAGAGGUGGGAUCAGGUGCCAAGGAGGAGUAAGCAUCUCCUGUCGGCCUGUCACACCCGCCGUGAGUCCUAUAUCCUGAUCAAGUAAAAGGAGUUAUCCGUAGUCAAAAUCAGUGUGCCAAGAACGG